AUGUACCUCAACCAAAGAGUCCUCACCUGCAUUGAUACCACUGUGCGUUAUUGCUCAUGUAUUCCCGUGCAUAACCUGAAGACUGACCCUGUAUUUGAAGCAUUGGAUAAGAUAUUCCGCCGCUACAACAAGGCAGGCUUUCAAGUCAAGAUCAUCAAGUGUGAUCGGGCGUUCAUUCCUCUCACGGAUGAUGUGCUAGACGAUAUGGGUGUUACUAUUGACCCGACUGCAGCUGGAGACCACAAGCCUACCGCUGAGCGAAACAAUAGGACGCUGAAAAAAAGAGUCGGAGUAGCUCUUGAUUACCCUACAAAGUGGUCCCAAAGGUGA